AUGAGUGGCACUAGCAUUAAUGGCCCAAUCGCGAAAGAUCCAUCGACGAAGACAGAAAACAGUCGCCAUGGUUAUCACACAUCAAAACCCAAUAAAGACAGCCGAAAUUUGGACUUUAUUUUACGAAACGGGCUAGCCGGAGGUGUCGCAGGCUGCGCUGCCAAAACCAUUGUCGCCCCAUUAGAGAGGAUCAGAAUUCUCUUUCAAACCUCCCACUCUCAUUUUGUGCAGUAUUCAACCCGCUGGGAUGGUUUUGUUCAGGCUGCCAGACACAUUCGAACCUCGUAUGGUAUCCUUGCGCUUUUCAAAGGCCACUCGGCAAGCUUGGUCCGCGUAUUUCCAUACGCUGGUAUCAACUUUCUCGCAUAUGAGCAAUUCCGAGCAGCAAUUAUCACGUCUUCCGAGAAAGAAGCACCAUGGCGUCGAUUUUUGUGCGGAAGUAUGGCUGGUGCGACCUCCACGUUGGUUACAUAUCCUUUGGAGUUGAUCCGUACACGUCUUGCUUUCGAAACAGUCCAAAAGAAUCCUUCAUCCUGGAUUGGUAUCUCUCGAAAAAUGUACUUUGAAGGAGGCAGCGGAAGCUUGUCAAAUCUUUAUCGAGGGAUUGCCCCCACUAUGCUAGGCAUACUUCCGUAUGCUGGCACGUCAUUCCUCACCCAUGAUCUACUUAGAGAUUGGCUUCGGACGCCUGCUCUUGCACCCUAUACUCUGGAGGCGCCAUCUUCCACCCGACUGACCGCAGUUGCGCAGCUUUCCUGUGGGGCAGUUGCUGGCAUAGUCGCUCAAACAAUUUCCUACCCGAUUGAUAUCAUUCGGCGACGAAUUCAAGUUGGAAGUGUGGUUGAUGUUAAAUCGGGCAUUUUGGAGACAGCCCAGCGUAUCUUUCUGGAGAGAGGAGUGAGAGGCUUUUAUGUUGGGCUGACUAUUGGCUAUGUGAAAAUGGCUCCCAUGGUGGCGACAAGUUUCUAUGUCUAUGAUCGGAUGAAGCGAUUUUUGGGGCUAAUUGAGUAG